CUCUGCUGCUUAUGUGGAUAAAUGCGAUCAGGCUCUGAAAGUGUAAAGGGACAAUCAAUAUUCAGUUUUGUUAAAACAUCCUCAACAAGCAAAAGGAUGGGAUAAAGUUCCUUCGUUUUGGGACUCACAUGUUCUCUCAGCUCCAAAAGGACACUACGUGGAACUGAACUUUACCAUGCGCAGCUACUGGUGGGUUCGACGACCGUGUCUGCAGGACUACUAUCUUGAGAUCCGUGACGGCAAUAAUCAGUCAGCCAACGUUCUUGGUGUAUUCUGUGGAGAUCACAAGGCUGCUGUAGUGCGAUCCAGUGAAGGAUACUUGUGGUUAAGAUUUUUCCCUUCUCGCAGACAUGAUUUUAGUGCAUACUACACUGGCAGAUCCUUCAAUCAAACAGCGACACCUACCAUGACCCAAGUACCCAAGACACAGACUGUAAUUUUUAACAGAACCUCCAACCUGUGGUGCCCGGUGGAAGGUGCGCCAGCUCCAUACAUUGUAUGGAGAAAAAAUGGUGUUGUUGUUCAAAAUAGUACCAGCGUAAGAUAUCAGCUUGUAGCUGCAGAGAAGAAUGUGAAUUACAGCUGUGAGGUACGAAGAGAUAAUAACGUAUCAAGGAGCGAAAUUAGCCUCAACAUUGAAGAGUGCCCAGGCCCUUGUGAUUGCCACAUUUUGAAGGGAACAUACAAUCUGUUGCGUGUGAGCUGUACAGGAAAAGAAUUGAUGUCGUUUCCGUGGAAAAUUCCCCUUACCACAGCGACGUUGGACCUGAGUAACAACCAGCUGAACGACUUGCCAAAAGACAUUUUCAGCAACAAUACUCACCUGAGUUGGCUGAACUUGGGCCAAAACAAGCUUAAAAAGUUACCGCAAGACAUUUUCAGUAACUAUACCAAGCUGAAGGCACUGCUGUUGAACAACAACCAGUUGAACCAAUUACCAUCAGGCAUUUUCAGUAACUAUACCCAGAUGGAGUUGCUGUGGUUAGACAACAACCACUUGAAGGAAUUAUCACCAGACAUUUUUGAUAAAAACUUCUUGUUGCGGGACCUGUAA